AUGGAUCACAAGAUAUCCGGUUCCGUCGAGUCUUGGAGCAACACUUACGGCUGGAUUCGGCCCUUCCAACACGUGGGCCACCCGAAAGCAAACAAACACGGAGGCAAACUUUACAUCCACGCAAAAGACCUCGUAGGUGGCGUGGGGUUUCUUCCCACUGGCGCUUCUGUAGAAUUCUACGUCUUCGAAGAUGAUGCCGGUCUUGGUGCAGAGGAGUGCGCUCUAGCAGAGUGGAACGGCAAAGGUGGCAAGGGCUGGGGUUCCAAGGGCUGGGAUGCCGGCAAGGGGUGGGGCAAGGGCAUGUGGGACAUGGGCAAAGGCUGGGCCAAAGGCAUGUGGGGCGGAUUUGAUGGCUGGACCGGCGGAGGAAAGAAAGGCUGGGAUGGUGGCAAAGGACUCGGUGGCAAAGGAAAGGACUCCAAGAGUUCCGGAAAGGGAGAGUGGGGCGGCAAGGAACGCUCGAAAGGAGGCGAUGGUGCCAAAGGUGCGGGUGCCAAAGAUGGCAAAGGCAAAGCUUCCAAAGGUUCCACUCAGACGGUUGCCCCCAAGGAGCCGCAACCUGGUGUAAGCGACUUCGACCAGGUUCAUUCUGAUUGGUCGCACUACACGGGCUUGGGGGGCUUGGCAGCCAGUGCUACUGGGCCCAGCGCAGGCAGCGGCUUCGCGGCAGCCACUGGGUGCACUGGCCAG